AUGAAGUUACUCACAUGUGGCAUACUGUUGUUUGCACUAUGGAGUCAUGCUCUACUUGGAGGUGGAAGACAUUUAGAUAAAUUCGAGCCUUCCUUAAAAGAAGAAGGAGAACUAUUUAUGGAUUAUUCAUAUAGAUGUGAACACAGUGGAUUCAUAAAUUUGUUGAAAAGAAAUCCUUUAUACUUCUGCUUCUUCGUUGGAGAAGGAGAUUCUUCGUCCUAUGGAUUAAUGCUGAGAACAUUCAAUUCGGAUGAAAAGUGGGGAAUUCCAAAAGAGGUAUUAAUUACAAAACAGAAAAUCACCAUGUUUUCAUUUAUAGAUGAUUAUAUAGAAGAAAAACUGAUACUUAUAUAUACAUAUGAUACAAAGAUAAGAAUGACAGUAUUCAAUAAUUACAUUGAAUCACCAACACAAGUUGACAAGAUAGGUUUAAAUUAUGAAAUAUUUAUCAAGGCAAAUACAAUUUCUCAAAUUACAUAUCUUUUUAAAAAUAAAAAAUCUAUACUUGUAUGUGGAUUGAAUAGACAUAAUAACAUACUCUGUUCAUAUUCUUUCGAUUAUGGAUUGACAAUGAAGGAUGCAAAUUCAAUAGAACUUAUAUUAAAGGUCAAAAUACCAAUGGUGCAAUAUAGGAUGUAUGUAAAAUUGAAACAUGAAUAUAUAUAUGUCAACAUGUAUGAUGAUAUCAAUGAGAACAAUUAUUAUGAAUUUAAAUGCACAAAAAUGGGUGAACAAGAAUACACAUGUGAUGUUAUGAACAACCCAUUCAAAGAAGGAAAUCAAUUUAAAUAUAAAUCUAUUUUGAGAAACCGUAUGUUUCAAACCAUUGUUUAUCAGAUGAAUGAUAAAUGUUAUAUAAGUUGGUCUUUCAACUCAACAAGUAUUAACAAUGAAAUAACUCAAAUAAUUUCAGAUUCUUCUUGUUCUCAUGUCUCUCUCAUUCAUAAGGGAACCUCAUUAGUUGUCACUUACCAGAGGGAGACGAAUCCCCAUUCCUCCUUGGGACCCCAAUUUUAUCGCAUUUUUGAGAACCUGCGAAUGAAGGAAUAUGGAUGCGAGUUUCGCUCAGGAGGGAGCCUGUACGUGACGAACACAUUUCUGAACAAGCAGUGCAACAUAGAGAUAAUGCAGGCAGAGAAAAAUUUUGCAAACGAAGAUGAGAUAAGUUUCAACAUAGUAGUUCCAAACCACUUCACAAUUGAGGAAUCCUCAUGUUUUGUGUCAAACGAAAUGUAUAAUAAUGACAAAACAACAUUGUAUUACCUAGAACAAGAAGAAGUAGAAGAAGAAAAAAUAACCAUCUUUACAUUUUUGUUCUAUCGAUAUAUAACAAGCCAUACAAAAGUAAAGGAAAGUUCUUGUAUUCUUAAAGAUGAAAGUAAAAAAGAGAAAUUACAAAUUUUUUUGAAUUUAGAAGAACAAUAUAAAGAGUACGAAUGUAACAUUUCUUCAAAUGAUUUAUGUGAUUUUUUUAUUCAAGAAAAGAGUAAUAUAAUUAUACAUUUUGAUGAAAAUAACUGGACUGUAGACAAAGAAUUAUUACGUGCAUCAUUAGUAAUAUAUGGUGGGAUACAUAUUCCUCUCCAUAAUUUACUCAGUACAUCAAGUAUUAACGAAUUAAUUCAUUUUAAAGAAAAUGAGGUUUCCAUAUUUAUACCUGCAAUUAUACCAAGUGUAAGGACAGCAAAAAUUCCAUUUACAAAUAAACAAAAUGGCACAAUAAAAUAUGCAUAUUUAAGACUACAGAAAAAUCUAAAUCCGUUGAAAAAAGUAUUGGGUAUAAAUUUCUCGUCCAUAUUUGAUAUUCAUUAUAAAUAUUUUAAACAUUAUCAAGAAAAUGUAAAAUUUAUCAUGAAUGAAUUUAAUGAAACUAACUACAUAGGAAUGAUAUGUGAAACUCAUAUUCAAAUUACAACACCUCCGUGUACUUUAACUUUGGUUGAUCAUUCAAAUAAAAACUUUCAUAUUCAUUCUGUAUUUCCAAACAAAGUACCUUUUCUAUACAAAUACACAAAGAAGAAAUUUUCACAUAUGAAUGAUUUAUACAUAAGUGAAACUCGUUUUGUCGUUUUCAAAAAUUUUAACACCAUUCUGGAAAAUAAAAAUAUAAAAUACCUUUACUUUAAAUGUGUAUGCAACACCAAGAACGCUGAAGGUAUAGAUUCCUUUAACCAAGUUGAUUUUGUUAUCACAACUGAAAAAAUAUCAUCUGACGUUAUUCACUCACGCAAGGUUAUUGCACUCCCGAAGAACUUCAAAGAGGGUCCCAAUAAUGAUGAUAAAUCUGAUAAAUCUGAUGAUGCUGGUAAUGCUAAUAAUGCUGAUAAUGCUAACGAUGCUGAUAAUGCUAACGAUGCUGAUAAUGCCGACGAUGCUGACAAUGCUGAUGAGGACAAGUCUGAUUAUGGUGAGCAAAUUUCACAAAAUAACAGAGAAAAUAUAAAUAAUUUUAUGCGCAACAAACAAUAUGCUCAAAACAGAGGAUCAACAAAACAUACUAAUAAAUUGUCGGGAAUAUCUGACAAUUUCUACACAAGUUCUGGAUCUUCUUGGAAUCUUUCCAUUUACAUAAGUCUCAUUUACUUCUUUUCCUCUUAUUGUGUAUACAUAUAA